AUGCCGAAGAACAAGGGGAAGGGAGGAAAAAACAGGCGGAGAGGAAAGAACGAGAGCGAGGAGAAGCGCGAGCUCAUCUUCAAGGAGGAUGGCCAAGUGAUUUUCGUCGCAGAGUACGCCCAAGUGCUGCGCAUGCUCGGGAACGGUCGCCUGGAGGCCCACUGCAUGGACGGCGUGAAGCGUCUGUGUCACAUCCGCGGCAAGAUGAGGAAGAAGGUGUGGGUGAAUGCCGGAGACGUGGUGCUGGUCGGCCUCCGCGACUACCAGGACGAGAAGGCGGAUGUCAUCUUGAAGUACAUGGCAGAUGAGGCUCGGUCGCUCAAGGCCUAUGGCGAGCUGCCCGACAGCAUCCGCGUCAAUGACACCGACACCUUUGGCGAUGAGGAGGGAGGCGAGAACGACGACUACAUCGACUUCGACGACAUCUCUGAGAUCUGA